AUGGCAUACGAUGGAGGCAAACUCAAGUCGACCUCCAUCAAUGGUGUCAAGAUGUACAGCGUUGCUUCCCAGCAACGUUCUCUCGCCACCUGGCUUGACCCUAAGAAGCGUCGAGCGCUUCGCAAAGACCAAAAUUAUAUGCAAAGGGUGGACUUGAUCCAGGACUUGAGAUUUGAAACUGCAACUACUAAAAUCAAGGCAACUCCUGAUGGGGAGUUCCUAAUUGCUGCAGGUAUUUACCCACCACAAGUCAAAGUAUAUGAGCUGAGGGAACUUUCACUCAAGUUUGAAAGGCACUUGGAUUCAGAGAUAAUUGAUUUUGAGGUAGUUUAG